UUCUCUGUAAACCAAACAAAUGCACAAAGGCUCAGGUGGUUUGUAGGAAUUGGUCAUCUGUAAGGUUUAUCUCCCUCUGUCAGAACACCAUCUACACUCUGCCUGAAUCAUGGAGCGGCUGAAGUUAGUCCUGCAGUACUUCCAGUCCAAUUCUGAGUCCAUCUCUAAUGGUAUCUGCAUCAUCCUGGCCCUGGUCAGUGUCAAGCUCUACACCAGCUUCGACUUCAACUGCCCGUGCCUCCCUCAGUACAACAAACUCUACUCUCUGGGGGUGAUGAUCGUACCUCCCAUCAUUCUGUUCUUCUUGGGGGUCCUGGUCAAUCGACAUACGGGAGUCAUGAUGGAUGAGUGGAUGAGACCGGUCGGGCACAGAUCCAAAAACCCUGCAGUGGUUAAAUACCUGUUUUCUGCCAUGAUCCAGAGGGCCCUAUUGGCACCGAUGGUGUGGAUUCUGGUCACUUUGUYGGAUGGAAAAAUCUUCAUCUGUGCUUUCAGUCUGAGUGUAGACCCUGGACUUUUCUCAGGAGUGCCCAAUAACACGGGUCUGGAUAUAAUUAAAAUCAUGGCCAAAGUGCCCUGCAAGGAGGAUGUUAUUUUCAGGAACAGCUCUUUCCGUAAAGCAGUUUCUCGCUAUGUUCGCUGUUAUUCACAGGCAGUGGGAUGGUCCAUCCUCCUGUUCCUGAUCAUACUGGGAGCAAUGGGACGCCUCAUCAAGCCCUGCUUUGACGACCACGCCAGCUUCCUGCAGACGCGCUACUGGAGCAACUACCUCGACGUGGAGCAGAAGCUUUUUGACGAAACCUGCGUCUUGCACGCUCGCGACUUUGCCAGAAAAUGUGUGGUGCAGUUCUUCGAGGACAUGAGGGAGGACGCCGUACUCCGUCUCCCGCACCCACCUUUCGUUUGCAGCAGUAGAGAGGGGUGGGAGGACGAAGAGGACAGACUUCACGGAGUAACAAAGGAGGAUCAGAUGAACCAGCUGCUCAAUAAGUGGUACUACAGUAAACCUGAGCUGGAUGUGACUAGGAUUGCCCACAGACCAAAGACCUGUGUCACCUGGGAGGACCUGGACGGGAAGACUUUAUACUCUGAUGUGUAGAAUAGACUCAGCAGUGAGAAUUACUUCUCCUUUUGUUGAUCAUAAUAAAUGUAGGUUACCUUAGGUUAGAAGUGACGCUGCAUUUGAUUUGUCUUGGACAUCAGAACUCUUUCCUUGGAUUGAUAAACAUUUCAUUAUGGCUGAAAGGAGGUAAYUCUAGUAGGGUUUGCUCUUACUGCAGUGCACGUCAUUGGUAGUACUAAAAUUUAAACACAAUAUCAAURUAUUUGCUAUACCAGCUUCAUGAAUUUAUUGUGUUUCAGACUGACAGAAAGUCUUUUAAACAACUUAUACUUUAAUUGUCUUUUAUUGAGACAGUCAUAUUGAAUUUUGGAUUUGGAACUGACUAAAUAUUUUUAUUGAUAAAAAA